AUGGUCAGCAUCGCAUACGGGAUAAGAAUCAACUGUUUAUUAUUGGGAUCAAUGUUUCUUUUCGAUUUAUAUGAGUUUGGAAUCAGAAACCGGGAUAUCACAGAUAUUAUAUUCCCGUUGAUCAGUGGAGGCCAAUUAUUCGUGUCAAUUGUGGCACUUAAUUGGUACACAUAUGCAAUUUUCUGCCCCGCUAGAGGAGAAUGGUGCCAGCAAUGGAUCCCUUCCUUAUUCAGCUAUGCCCAAUCACAUUACUGGAACGUCGGGUUUUUGAGUUACUGGUCGUUUGCUAACAUACCUAACUUUUUAUUUGCAUUGCCAACGAUUUUAUUAACGUUACAGAGUUUUAAGCAUUUUACACAGGAAAAACCGGUCAAGAAUCUCCUUCCAUUAAUGAUAGUAAAUGGCAUUUUAUUAGUAGGUGGGUUAUUCUGGUGGCACGUACAAAUAUUGACGAGAAUUUCUUCGUUUUUACCACUUAUGUACUGGUUCGUGGCAAGUUUGUGGAUAUCAGAGAACAUGGUCUACAAGAAAUAUAGCGAGUAUAUCAUGAAGUUCAUGAUUGGGUGGAACUUAAUCCAGGCGAGUAUGUUUGCAGCCUUCUUACCACCGGCGUGA